AUGCCCAGGGAAGACAGGGCGACAUGGAAAUCCAACUACUUUUUGAAAAUCAUUCAACUGCUGGAUGAUUACCCAAAAUGUUUUAUCGUGGGGGCGGACAAUGUUGGUUCAAAGCAAAUGCAACAGAUCCGUAUGUCCCUGCGAGGAAAAGCUGUUGUGCUUAUGGGAAAGAACACCAUGAUGCGCAAGGCAAUCCGUGGUCACUUAGAAAACAACUCUGCACUGGAGAAGCUUUUGCCUCACAUAAAGGGGAAUGUCGGCUUUGUUUUCACUAAGGAGGAUCUCACUGAAGUACGAGAUAUGCUGUUGGCGAACAAGGUGCCAGCUUCUGCUCGUGCAGGUGCCAUUGCCCCCUGUGAUGUCACAGUGCCUGCUCAGAAUACUGGUUUGGGCCCUGAAAAGACAUCCUUCUUCCAGGCUUUGGGAAUCACCACAAAAAUCUCUAGAGGAACUAUUGAAAUCUUGAGUGAUGUACAGCUGAUUAAGACUGGAGAUAAAGUAGGUGCCAGUGAGGCCACCCUCCUGAACAUGCUCAACAUUUCCCCCUUCUCCUUUGGUUUGAUCAUCCAACAAGUUUAUGACAACGGCAGCAUCUACAGCCCAGAGGUUCUAGAUAUCACUGAAGAUGCUCUGCGUACUCGCUUUUUAGAGGGUGUUCGCAACAUCGCCAGUGUCUGUCUUCAAAUUGGCUAUCCUACCGUCGCCUCUGUACCUCACUCUGUUGUCAAUGGGUAUAAACGGGUUCUUGCUCUUGCUGUGGAAACAGAUUACAGCUUCCCAUUGGCAGAUAAGGUCAAGGCUUUCUUGGCAGACCCAUCAGCUUUUGUGGUUGCUGCUCCUGCUGCUGAGACAGCUGCUGCUCCGGCUGCUUCAACUACACCAGCCCAAGAGGAAAAGAAAGAUGAAUCUGAAGAAUCUGAUGAUGAUAUGGGCUUUGGGCUCUUUGACUAA